ACUUAGAAGACACUUUCUAAACGGUGGGUUUGAGCAACGGCGUGAACGCUGGCGCCUCACGGCUAGAAACAGGGAGUCCUCUGGUGCACGACCACCUUGAGGCGAUCAGUAUUUGAAUCAAAUGAGCCACUGCACUGUAAUUAAGGCACCAAGACGCGCUUCAUCAUUUGGUACUUUUAAAAAAAAUGGUACAAAACAAGAUCACCGAAGUCACCGGAUUCCAUUGCUCCUUCAAGGGUCUAAACCCUUUCAAGACUGAUGGAUUCAUGGAAUCAGAAUCCCAUCUUGAAUUGUCCUUCAAGUUAGACUGCUCCUCAAGAACUGACAUGCCAGCCAGCCAACCCAUUGACAUCCCUGAUGUCAAGAAGAGAAACAAGAAGAAGAAGAGAUGCAGAGCCACAGACAGUUUCUCUGGACGCUUUGAAGAUGUUUACAAACUACAAGAUGAGGUUCUUGGAGAAGGGGCUUAUGCUGUUGUACAGACCUGCAUCAAUCUGAUCACCAGGAAAGAAUAUGCAGUCAAGAUCAUUGAGAAGAGGCCGGGACACAGUCGGAGCCGUGUCUUUAGGGAGGUGGAAAUGCUCUACCAGUGCCAGGGCCACAGAAACAUUUUGGAACUGGUGGAAUACUUUGAGGAAGAGGACAAAUUUUAUUUGGUCUUUGAGAAACUUAGAGGUGGUUCUAUCUUGACUCACAUACAUAGACGGCAACACUUUAAUGAGCAGGAGGCCAGCAUAGUGGUGCAGGACAUCGCCAGUGCUCUGGAUUUCCUUCACAACAAAGGGAUGGCACAUCGAGACCUUAAGCCAGAGAACAUUCUCUGUGAACACUGUGACCAGAUUUCUCCAGUGAAGAUCUGUGAUUUUGACCUGGGUAGUGGGAUCAAGUUGAACAGCGACAGCUCACCAAUUUCCACCCCUGAACUAUUGACUCCGUGUGGUUCUGCUGAAUACAUGGCCCCUGAGGUGGUGGAGGCCUUUAAUGAAGAAGCUAGCAUCUACGACAAGCGCUGUGACUUGUGGAGCCUUGGUGUCAUCCUUUACAUCAUGCUGAGUGGAUACCCACCCUUUGUGGGUCACUGUGGAACAGACUGUGGUUGGGAUUGGGGAGAGCCCUGCCAAGCCUGCCAGAGCAUGCUGUUUGACAGUAUUCAGGAAGGGAAAUACAAGUUUCUGAAGGAGGACUGGGCACAUAUAUCCCCUGCAGCCAAAGACCUAAUCUCCAAGCUGUUGGUGCGGGACGCCAAAGACCGCCUAAGUGCAGCCCAAGUCCUGCAGCACCCAUGGGUCAAGGGGUGUGCACCCAACACUGUAUCAGCAUCCAUACUACAUCAGAGGGGUGGUCAUGCUCAGGACUUGACGUUCUUUGCGGGACAAGCUGUGGCCAUGAACCGGGAGCUGGCUGAGAGGGAGGAGAGUGAGGAGCAGCAGCUUGAGAAGGAGAUCUCUUCCCCACUUCUCUCCAGCAGCUCUGGGUCCAUGUUGCUGUCUCCUCCCUCCAGGUCCACGCUGGCCCGCCGCAGGAAGACCGCAGGAAGUCAAGACAAAGGGCCGGUGUGUGCUGCUGAACUCUGUCUGCUCCUCGCCCCUCUAGUUAUUGUGGGCGAUUGUGCCUAAUUUUUACAAUUUCUUUGGCCUCUGAUUCCCCCCACCAACCACUUUUGAAAUCUUCAGCUAGGCAGUGCAUUGACCUCCAACCACUCUGCCCACUUAAUCUGUGGAUCAUAAGCUCUUGUGGGAGGAAUGUUUGUAGCACUUAAAGCACACAAACCUCAAAGUUCCCAGUAAACAUAAUUUUGAUUGGGUAAAGGCUGUUGUGGCUGAAAAGACAAAUGUUUACGUCUGUGUCUCUCCAGACUCUUUUGAUAUAACAAAACGUUUAUGAAAAAGCCCCUGAGAACCAAAGGACUCCUGUCGAUCUGCUCCCAUUCAAAAAAGGCUUGGUCCCACUGAAGCAAUUUAGUUAUUUUUGUUUCUUUUUUUUUUUCUUUUUUGUUUUUUUUCUUUGAGCAUUAGAAAAAAAAAAUGCUUCCAUUGGGUUUGUGCUUAUGCAAUCUUUAAGACUUAAAGUAUUUCACCUUCAGUUACUCGAGAGGGUGAAAUUGAUGGCUGACUCUUUAAUUUACCCACAGCUAUUGCUGUGACUUGGAGGCAAUUUGACCAAUUUAUUAUUCAAGUUAUGCAGGGCUGAAAUUGCAGCCAUGUUGUGUGGGGUUAUCUUUUGUCCUGAAUUUUCAGACCUCAUUUACCAAUCUUGCCCUUGCUCCACUGUUACUGUAAGAAUACAUCUCAGCAGUGUCUUUGCUGUGUUUUUGGCGGAAACCUCCAGGAUCUCUUUUUGAAUGGGGUAACAAAUCAGAGUUUUGAGCAGAUUAGGGUGCAAAACACUUUGUAAAUUCAUUGGAGUUACAGUUUUUUUGUAUUCAAUUUUGUCCUUUCACUUUUUAGUCUUUAUCAGAGAUAAUUGAACAGUGCAGCACAUCUGAUCAAAGCCUUCAUGAAUUAGGUUGCACAAUCAUAUUUUCUUCCCCUUUUUUUAUUUUUUGUUUUGUUUUUUUACAUGGCCUCAAAUACCACGAAGAGGUUUGGUAUGUGGUUUCAAAGAAUAUAAAGGUAGUGAUAGAAGACUGGUGGGAAUGGUCCAAAAAAUGGGCUGGUAAACCCAGUGUCACAAGCAAAUAUGUAGAUCAACAAAACAAGUGCCCCUGUCAUUACUGCAGGAUUAUUUUUUAUUUUUAAGGGAUAUGUUUGCUAGUAAUUUCUUACAGGAAGACUUUCUUGUAAUGGAACAAAAGUUGAUUCCCUUUAUCAGAUGGAAACUACCUUUUGAAUCAGACCAACUUAGAAUUUGCUAAGUUUUUUUUUUUUUUUUUUUUUUAACACAUGGUAUUUUCAAUGUUCUGAAGCCACUUUUACUACAUGAAUGCUUGAUCCUACCUUUUUUUUUUUUUUGUUUGUUUUUUUUUGUUUUUGUUUUUUUGUUAAAGGGACCUGUGGUGUAGGUUUCAUGUCUGUCUUGUGUUUUUAUGUGGUUGCACAAUUUUUAUUUUUCACUUGACUCCGAGGGGCCAAAACACAAAACUUGACAACUUGUUCAACUAAAGUGGUUAAAUGUCUUGAUUCAUAAUUUACUUUAUCCAAAAUCAGGGCUUAAUUUAUAUUUUUGAGAUAACAAAAUGCCUUGCAAAGUUUUUUAUUUGAAUGUGUACCUGAGGGGAAAAUAAAUCUGCCUCCUUUACAGAUGCUUUAAAAUUUUACAUCUAUUCUUGUCAACUGCAACUCCCAAAUAUUGUAUAGCCAAAAAACAACCUAAAGUGGAUGUUCCUGUAACUUUCCAAAUAACAACUUUGUAUAAAUUAUCUCUGAAUAAAACUUAUCAUUU